UUUCUUUCCCUCACUCAUCCCAUAAAAACCCUAACCCCCCACUCUUUUAUUUGUCUUCGUCUCUUUCUCCAACUACACAUCUCUCUCUCUCUCUCUCUCUCUCGCAUAACUCACUCUUUCAGUCUCUGUUUAUCGAAAAUGUCGGCUUUCAAGGGCAAAUACCACGAUGAGCUCAUUGCCAAUGCUGCAUACAUUGGUACCCCUGGAAAGGGUAUCCUUGCUGCUGACGAGUCAACUGGCACAAUCGGCAAGCGUCUUUCAGGCAUUAAUGUUGAGAAUAUUGAGGAGAACAGGCGUGCUCUCCGUGAGCUUCUAUUCACCACACCUGGUGCCCUCAAAUACCUCAGUGGUGUAAUUCUCUUUGAGGAAACCCUCUAUCAGAAGACUGCCGCAGGUCAACCCUUUGUUGAGCUAUUGAAGGAAAAUGGGGUUCUCCCUGGUAUCAAGGUUGACAAGGGCACUGUUGAGCUUGCUGGCACCAAUGGUGAGACCACCACCCAGGGUCUUGAUGGCCUUGCACAGCGUUGCCAGAAGUACUAUGACGCUGGAGCUCGGUUUGCCAAAUGGCGUGCUGUGCUCAAUAUUGGCCCGAAUGAGCCAUCUCAGUUGUCCAUCAACGAAAAUGCCAAUGGGUUGGCCAGAUAUGCUAUAAUCUGCCAGGAGAAUGGCCUGGUCCCCAUCGUUGAGCCUGAGAUCCUGGUCGAUGGAUCCCAUAGUAUUGAAAAGUGUGCUGAUGUGACCGAACGUGUUCUUGCUGCUUGCUACAAAGCUCUAAAUGAUCACCAUGUCCUGCUUGAGGGAACUUUGCUGAAACCCAACAUGGUGACCCCCGGAUCUGAUGCACCAAAGGUUACACCAGAGGUGAUUGCGGAGCACACUGUUAGGGCUCUACAGAGAACAAUGCCCUCGGCUGUUCCUGCUGUUGUGUUCUUGUCUGGUGGUCAGAGUGAGGAGGAGGCAACCGUCAACCUUAAUGCCAUGAACAAACUCAAGGGAAAGAAACCAUGGACUCUUUCCUUCUCCUUUGGGCGAGCCCUACAGUCGAGCACUCUCAAGGCAUGGGGAGGAAAGCCAGAAAAUGUUGCCAAGGCCCAGGCUGCAUUCCUUGCAAGGGCAAAGGCCAACUCAGAGGCAACCCUGGGAAUUUACAAGGGUGAUGCAAAACUGGGUGAGGGUGCCUCGGAGAGCCUUCACGUUAAGGGCUACAAGUACUGAAGAAAUUUAGCUUCUAGUGGUUGUUUGUGUUUUGUUUUGGAGAGUUGAUGGCGGUUGGAGGUGGUCCUUUUCUCUGCCAUCGAGUACGGACUCUUUUUCAAUGUUCUUUUGUUAUCUCAGUUAUAGUAGGACGGUGGUAGAGUAAUAAAGCUCAGAGUCGAUGUCAUGGUGAGCUUGGGUUUUUUCGGUUGAGAACUGCUUAUAUUUCUCUGAUCUUUUUAAACCAAGUAUUUAUGAAGUAAUGACUGUCGUUUGAUAUUACAA